AUGAAGUCCACUUUGUCCGCCUCCAGUUCCGGAGCUGGCUCGGGGCUUACGGACUCGCCCGGCUCUGGGAAGGACAGGCUCCAGAGCUGUGUCCGCCGGCGGAUGGCAGCGAACGCCCGGGAGAGGAGGCGCAUGCAGGGCUUGAACAACGCCUUCGACCGGCUCCGGAAAGUCGUUCCACAGUGGGGCCAGGACAAGAAACUCUCCAAAUACGAGACCCUACAGAUGGCCCUGAGCUACAUCGUGGCGCUGACCCGCAUCCUGAGUGAGGACAGACGCUGGCUCCACCUUCAGUGUGAACACAUUCCGGGAGCGGACGAUAAUCAGACUUACCUGGGCCAGGCAGCCGAACAGACGGACUAUUACACAGACAGAAUCUUCCCUUUCAAUCACCAGAGUUUCCGUGUCAUCAAUUAAAUCAACACCGCCUCGGGAAGCCUUAUUUCCAAACAGCCGUCAAUCUCACUGCACGCACAAGUCUAAAACAGAAAUUUAUCCCGCAGUCUGACUUUGCUCCAUUCCACUGGUAAUUUGUAAUCGACGUAACUUUGUUGUCUUUCGCGGUCCUGAUGGAAACUGGUUUGCUGGAAUCAAAAGCUGGUGAAGACUGAUAUAAACAAUACCCAUUCUGUUCAAAUUUUAAUUGUAGGUGGGAUCUCCCGACAAAACAUUCUGUGAAAUUAGAUAAUGU